ACAUAAUCCUGUAAAUCGAGUAGGUCCUGUUCAAUGCAUUGUCAAUUAAUUUUAUAGAUUAUUUAAAAUUUUAGUAUUGUAUUUUUCUUUUAAGUAUGAAUUAUUGAAAUCUCACGAAUGUAACCGGUAACCAUGUCGCUUGGAGCAAUAGAUAUAUUAAAAAAAGAUACAUUUUCAUUAUCAUCAAAAUUAGUAAUAGCUUUAUUUUCGGUGAUUGUAAUGAUCACAGCGUUCUUAGUGGCGGAAUCAAUUCACAAUUUAGAAGUUGACACGUAAAGUUUAUGGUAAAGCACUUGAUGGUUGAAGGGGUGUCGAAGUGGUCCUAUUGGUGGAAAAGAAAGAAAGGAAUCGGAACAAAACGUAUUUGUCCAGAAUCUGUACGACUCCCACUUGGAGUCGCUGACGAAAUGGCUGAGCUGCAACGGAGAGGUGUGGGGGGUCGGUCCCACGGCAGUGUUCGCCAGCGCCGCCGCCCUCUUCCUCUACAACGAGCUGGAAUCCACAAUCUUAUUACACGGGGACCACGUGCAAGUCUCGCCUAUGGAGAAGACCUUAGUGUCAACAAUGGUACUGGGUAUGCUGGCGUUGAUGAUUCAUCUGUGGGUCUGCACGAUGAGAUUCUUCCAAUAUUACCUGGACACACUCAUUAGAGAAAGCCCUAACAUUCUCCUCGAAAUGACGACCGCCGGCCUGCUCGGCGGGCAGGAGGUGGUGCCCCUGGGGCCUCUGACCAAGUUCCUGAAGCAGCAACAGCCACAAAUCCACAUCACCGUCUGCUGGUUCCUGUCCCUGUGCUACGCCGACUACGUGCGCAAGCACUACUGCACAAGGUUCAACAUGCCGUAUUUGGAGCAGUGGCAAACGGAGCUGCACGAGCGCGCAACGGCGAGCGCGCAUCGUACCAUGCGGAGGGUGCACAGCUUCGUAGAGUCCGCGCAGCAACGGUUGCGCGGCUUCGCGCAGCCCGAGUCGACGCCGAGUCCCAGUGAAAUUCACACAGUGAGAGCCCAACUCCCAAAAGAACGCCUAUGGUCAGCCGAGCAGCCAGCCACGUGUCAUGGGGAGAAGGCUGCUGCGGAAACGAAGAAUUGGGAAAAGAGGAGCAGUUGCCAGGAAAAGCCGAAUUCGGAAAAGAUGUCACAAGAAAAGAUUUCCCAGGAAAAGACAGCAAACUUUGUGCUCGGCUCGUCAGCCAGUCGAGCGAGACAACUGUUGAUGCUAUUGAAAAACUUAGAAUGUACAUCAACGCAACCAGAUGUCCCUGCCCGGGUGCGGAACUCCCCGGGAAAUGUGGAGCUGAAAAACUCUGUUCGAAAGAAAAGGAAGUGUGAAUUGCUGGACUAUACACACAGAUAUGAUAUUAAUAAAAAGAAUCUAUACGAAUUUCGCCCAUCGUAUUACUCUAUCUGAGACAGUGAAAAAUAAAUGAAAUUGCCUUGAA